AAUGCAAAUCCUUCUUCUCCCCUGAACUCUUCCGUUAUGUGUGCGCUGCCGUUCAAUUCCAUCUCCUUUUUCCUUGUCGUUGUUUCCUCCUGCAUGGGUCAAUGGUGCAUUGGAAUUGAGCAUGGAGGAUCUCGAGAAGACUUACUCUCGUGAGCAGCAGCGACUGGGCAACGGAUAUGAACUCAGAGUGCAGACAACACCGUAUUCACUUGUCCGUAGCCCGACCCAAGGUAUUACAAUGUUUUAUCUUCAAGCCCAUUUUGGCCGUUGUGCUCAUAUAGGUGUUGUAGAGGAAAGAUUACAGCAUCCGGACGAUCGGAUCGGUGCAAACGAUUUCGACGCGCAUUUCGAGUCUGAAGAAAAAGAGGUCAAACCAACACUCUCCGCUACAUCGACUCCGCGCGAUCUGUCAAGCCAACCAUCUGGUGGAACGACGCCGGCGAGGAAGAUAAUUCGCUUUGAUGAUGAUGAUCCUGCACAGCCUAACAAUUGGAGCCAGAAACGGAAACUGCUGGCGAUAUCUGUAGCUAUCAUGACAGUAAUGAACUCCACCAUUGCAAGUUCACUCGCAGCAGGGGCCACGGAACAAAUAUCAGAACGCUUCGGAGUAGACGACGAGUACCAACUCAUCCUUCCAACAAGUAUUUACCUCGUGGGAUAUACAUGCGGGCCCCUCAUCUGGGGUCCCCUAAGUGAGACGUUCGGCCGCAAAUGGCCCACGAUCAUAUCCUUCGCCAUGUUCAACAUCUUCUCCAUUGCGUCCGCUGUAUCUCCCACCUUCGCCGCGCUCGUUAUCUUCAGAUGGCUUGUUGGGGUGGGAGGGUCGUGCGCGUUGGCUGUUGUGGGAGGAAUCUGUGCCGACAUCUAUCAUGAUCCCCGAGCCCGAGGAAGGAGUAUGGCGUACUUCAUGGCGGCGACAACCUUUGGCCCCAUCAUGGGUCCUCCGGUCAGCGGCUUCAUAGCAAAAGUGUCGUGGAGCUGGGCAUUCUGGAUCGGUGCUAUCAUCGCGGGUGCGACAUGGCCACUCCUCAUUGCGUUUCCAGAGACAUACGCUCCCAUUAUCCUGAAGCAUCAGGCGCAGAGAUUGCGAAAGGAGACCGGCGACAUGUCGAUAGUAGCCCCGAUCGAGCUCGAGAAGACGGACAUCGGACACAUCGUCACGACGGUAAUCACCAGGCCCUUCCGCAUGAUCAUCUUCGAGCCGCUUGUCCUGUUCACUUGCCUGUAUCUCAGCUACGCAUACGCCAUAUUCUACAUCUUCUUUCAGUCCUACCCCAUCAUCUUUAGCGGCAUAUACUCCUUCAACGCCGGCGAAACAGGCCUGACCUUCCUUCCUAUCGGCAUCGGUGCCAUCAUCUCCGCCCUCUUCUAUCUCGCCUGGGACACCAUUCUGGACCGCGCCCAAGCAGCCCAACGCCCCUGGUCCAAGUCCGAAGAAAUGCGCCGUCUCCCCCUCGCCUGCAUCGCCGGCCCCUUUCUCGUCCUCAGUCUCUUCUGGGCAGGUUGGUCUGCCCGGCCAGACGUCCACUGGAUCGUCCCCGUGCUCUCAGGUAUACCCUUCGGAGUCGGCUAUCUGUGUCUAUUCAUGGCGCUACUCAAUUACCUCGUCGAUGCCUACGAGAUUUUCGCCGCAAGCGCCAUGGCGGCGGCCAGUUUCUCGCGCAGCGCGUUUGGCGCCGUACUCCCCUUCGCUGCGCGUCCCAUGUACAGGAGUCUCGGAGUGCCAUGGGCGUGCAGUUUACUGGGGUUUCUGAGCGUGGCGCUGUGCGCCGUGCCGUUUGUGUUUUUGAAGUGGGGGCACGAGAUUCGGAGGAGAAGUCGGUUUUGUCAGUACUUGGCGAAGAAGAAGAGGGAGGAGGCGGAGGAGAGGGAGGGGACGCGGAAGGGGAUGCGAGAGGGGGGAAAUGCGAAUGUGGGUGGGGAUAUAGAGGUUCAUAGGAGGAGUCUGGAGGUGGGGAAGGGUGAGGAUAGGUGCUGAGGUUUGGGAUGGGAUUGAAGUGCGCGAGAGGAUGGUGGAGGAUACCGGCAUCCGAUGGCGUUCGAACGGUUCGAUCCUGGAACCUAGAUGUAUUUUGCAUCGGUGUGGCGUUUGCAUUAGCAUUGGCAUAUACGGGUACUUCGAAUGGGUAAUGGCAUAAUACCUCGGACAUUGGAAAAUUCCUCAUAGAGUCUGCUUCGUUGUUAGG